CAGCCACAGCCAGACACCCAGGCACCCAACAGCCACAACGCCCAACGCCAACAGCCGCACCCAACACCAACGCCCUAGCACGUGCUCCCUUGCCAGCACGCCCUCGCCCUAUCCCUCUCCCUUUUGCAUCUUUGUCCUCGUCCACACACCCUAGCACCAACGCCCAAGCCUCGCCUGCACACCAACGCCCAAGUCUCGCCUGCACACCAACACCCAAGCCUCACCCACACACCAAUGUUUGCGCCUAUUGCUGCACCUCACUGUCGCUAGUGCCUAGGAGACCCAGCGUCGUUUUCUCCUCAACUUUUGCGCUCUCUCGCCCAUACUCGGCCUACUAA